UAGGAUCGUUUAUGGAUUACAGGUAAGACGCACUAGACCUCUAACUUUGGCCAAAUUCACUGUGUCUCACCCAAGCAUGGGCAUGGAGGUGGAAGGGCACCACUGUCACCACUGAGUGGGCAUCGCUACGGGGGGAUCACCACACAAAAAUCCGGACUGACAUUUGCCAACGGAUUAAGAGACACCGACGUACAGAAUUGCGGCUGCGUUGUUCGGAUGAAACUGAAUUGAUCGCAAGAUUUUGACCUCCAACCUGAUUCUCAGGACUUCUUUCAAAGAGUUCACGUUUUGACGUUUCAACAGUUUUGUAUUUUUCCCACACUCUUCUAGACUUCCCUUUUUCUCAAGUUUACAUCAUAACACUCUUUCACAAUGGUUGUGGGUAAGAUGAAGUUCACUUUUCAGAAAAGGGUGAAGUUGGCCCAGGGUUUGUGGCUGCUCUCAUGGAUUUCAACUCUGGGUGGAGCGAUUACCUUCACUUUAGGAUGCUUCCUAAAGACUGAGCUUCGAAGGAGGGGAGAGGUAAUGGACAACACAGACAUCCACUGUGUGCCCAACACCUUGUUGAUUGUGGGUCUGGCUUCAAUGGGCAUCAAUUAUUUUGCCAGUCGAAUCUGCCAGGACGCCCUAGAUCCGGGUCGUUUCCCACAAUGGAAGAACUUCCUGAAGCCCUACUAUGGAUGCUCGAUAUUCUUCACCACCCUCAUGCUGUUUUCCGUCAUCUUGAGUUACGCCAUGAUGGGAAACCUAGAGUCCUCGCUGAAAAUCGGCUUGAAGAACGGUAUUCGCUUCUACAAGGACACCGAUACCCCUGGCCGCUGCUACCAGAAGCAGACCAUUGAUCGCCUUCAGAUGGAGUUCCAGUGCUGUGGAAACAGCGACUACAGGGAUUGGUUCGAGGUGCAGUGGAUCAGCAACCGUUACCUGGAUUUCAGCUCGAAGGAAGUUAAGGACCGCAUUAAGAGCAACGUGGAUGGCCGUUACUUGGUUGACGGUGUGCCCUUCAGUUGCUGUAACCCUAGUUCUCCCAGACCCUGUAUCCAAUACAAAAUCACCAACGACUCUGCCCACUACAACUACGAGCAUGAGACCGAAGAACUCAACCUCUUCAUCCAUGGUUGCAGAGAAGCCCUGGUCAACUAUUACAUGGGUCUGAUGAACACCAUUGGAGCUGCGGUUCUGUCUGUCUUUAUGAUCCAGAGCUCAGUGUUGGCCAGUGUGCGCCUCCUGCAGACGUCUAUGGAGGCCGUUGCUGGACAGGAGAAUGUGGAGAUCGAAACCGAGGGCUACUUGCUUGAGAAAGGAGUGAAGGAGACCAUCAUGGAGUAUUUGGAUCCUGUGCUGAAGCUCCUGUGGCUGAACCAGGUAACCCCUCCUGAAGACCAAGCCGAAGCAGGGGCGUCUGGAGCGACCAGCUAAAGAGUCAGAUUCAUCUGACCCCUGAAAUCUGUCCAGAUGGAGGCUGAGAGCGCUAAUCAAUCAAUUAAUUAACGUUUUGGUAUUUUUUAUAUACAUACAUAUAUCCGUUUUAUUGACCUAAACACACAUCUCAAAGAGUUGUAUACUUCAUUAAAUGGUUGCUUCUGAACUAAAUGAACAGCAUCAUAGUUUCACCCAAGUCUUUUGAAUGAUGAAUGAUUACACUGCCAAUUCUGCAGCGCUCUAAUGUUUUAUUACCUUGGGGUGAGUAAACGUCUGUUCAUUCCUGUCAGGAGAAAUUUGGUGCUGCUCUGCCUGGGAAAUGGUUGAAUAUUUAAGAGUGACUGAGCAGUUGUCUUAAAUUAAAGUUAUAUUAUAUUAUUUUCCCAUUUACACAUUCCUAAAAGAGGCUGAUUCAGUAAUAUACUACUGCUACCAUAUGAAUGUUUUUUAAAUUAUUGUAAUAACCGAAACAUGCAAAACAAUGCAAGAAAUGUGCUUAAUUGUAAUGAAUGUGCACUUCAAAUCUUAAAACCCCAUUGUUAAAAAAUGUAAUAAUCCUAAUGAUAUAAAAGGCCACUUUCAAGUACACUUUCAAGUAUAUUUGUCACAAUUAAAAUUGUACUUAAUUUUAUUUUGAUGUGUUUACUAACUUACUAGAUCACAAGUGAAGUACUUUAUUAUAAUUUUAACUGUAGUGUUAUUCGAUUUUACAUUUAAAGAAAUAUUUUUAAAUAUACUAAAUUGCAACUUGUAUAUCUAAAUACAUGACACACACAUUUCAAUAGAAAUGACGUUAAAGCAUAUUUUAGUUUACCCUUCGACAGCACAAUUUCAACCGGAGUAAUUAUGAAAUUACAUAAAGCCCUACUUAUAUGGGUGAAAAAGCACUCUUACGUUUAACUACUCACAUUUAAACUAAAUAAAUUUGUAUUUAAUUGUGUAUAACAUGAAGUGAAAUAUCUGACAACAUUAAAUUCAACUUGCACUUGAUCAUAUUAUUUCAUUGAUAAGUAGGCCUACUCCUUUUAAAAAUAUGCUGAAAGUACUUCUUUUUCACACGGGUGAAAAAACAAUAACAAUAGUAACAAUAAAAAUAAAUAAAAAUCUCCUUCUAACAAUACUGUGCUACCCAUAACACACGAUAAAGCUUUCUCUUCCAAAACAAAUUUUGUUCUAACCCACCAACAACCUUGAGAAACGAUGGAAUACAUUGAUAUUGGUUUCUAUUUCUUUAGCUUCACACUGGGUAGCCCCGCCCACACCGAAAUCUCAUUGGCCUAAAAUCUCGAGACGUGCUCACUGCAAAGUCAAUGGCUGGAGCUUGAAGUCCAGCUGGACGUAAUGGGUGGAGCAAAACAGUCCAACCCAACCCAUAACCUUAUCAUCACUAAACAUUACUUCAGCCAUUAGGUGCACAGAGGUGGAGCUGGAGGUCAAGCUCCACCCAUUACGUCCAGAGGGGAGGAGCUAACAUCAUUUAGCACUGCAGUGAACACCACUUAUCUCCGUAUUGCUGAUUAAGGGGCCGUUUACACAACAUCAUGUUCAACUACAAAUGGGAAAUUUUUUAUGCAUUUUGAACGUUUAUUUACAUGACAAUGGCGUGUUGGGGGCCUGGAAACGCAAACCUUUGAAAACAGGAUUCAGAGUGGAAGUUUUGACAACGAUACUGUUCGUUCCUGUUUCUAUGCGAAUUUGUGAAAACACUGACGUCAUGCUCAUGCGUUUUACGUUUUCAGUCUACAAAGUAACAUCGCCAACUACUGGCCUAGCAGCAGAAUACAGCAUUUUUAAUCUUUUUCGCAGAGUCGUGUGAACGGGAUUGUUUUGACAACUUUGUCGCCUGAAAAAUGCGAAGGAAAAACUUUUCGGUUUUUAGUACAUCGUUGUCGUGUAAACGUACCCUAAUUAAAAAAUUUUCUGAUGGUUUUGAUUGUGUUGUAUUUUCGCUUUCAAAGUGGAUAAGCAAAUUAUUUGAUGUCGCAAAUUAUAAAUAUAAAUGUGACAAAUUAUUACUAAAAAUUUUUCUCAUUCAGUGUUAAUUGCAUGUUGUAAACAUAAACACUUAAUUGUGAUUAAAUAAUGUUUGGUUUUGCAUAUAAAUGCAUUGUAAGUGUUAAAAGAUGGUGUAGAUGCUCAAUGCUCUGCUAUGAAACACUGUACUGCACUUGCAGAAAACUACUGUCAGGUCUAAUAAAAUCUGACAUUUUGACCUGC